CUAAAGAUUUCCACACACUCGGCCAGCGCCCUCUCUCACUCUCUCCCAUCUUCUCUUCUGCAAUUAAACUAAAAUUAGUUCGAGAUUUGACACUGAAAUCCCUCUCUCUAUCAUUCCGUUUCUAUAAAUACCGCAAACCAACCCCCAUUUCUGUAUGAACCAACCGCAGUGAUUCCUUCUCCUUUAAUUUGUAUAUCUCCGUUGUAAAAGCAGCAUUUUUUUGUGGCUUCAGAUUCUAACUCUGUUUCAACAAGUAAACAAAAGGCAACAAAAUCUGCAUGCUAUACAGGAAUGGAAGAUCACAAUCAGAUUAGCGCUCUACAGAAACAUGUUAUGUUCUUCGAUCGAAAUAACGACGGCGUUAUUUACCCCUCCGAAACUUUUGAAGGAUUUCGAGCAAUUGGAGCGGGGAUAUCGUUGUCCUCCGUCGCCGCUUUCUUCAUAAACGUCGGCCUCAGCCGGAAAACGAGACCGGGGCAACCCUUCUCUUUUCAUUUUCCAAUUGAGGUGAAAAACAUCAAACUGGCAAAGCAUACUAGUGAUUCUGGUGUCUAUGACAAAGAAGGAAGGUUUGUUUCUGAAAAGUUUGAGGAGAUAUUUGCAAAGCAUGCCCUUACGCAACGACAAGCCUUGACUGCAGAAGAGUUGCAAAAGUUCAUGAAAUCCAACAGGGAGCCAAAGGACUAUGGUGGAUGGUUGGCUGGUUACACAGAGUGGAAGAUACUGCAUUACCUUUGCAAGGACGAACACGGGAUGCUGCACAAAGACACAAUAAGAGCUGCUUAUGAUGGAUCCCUCUUCCAGAAAAUGGCUGAUGAGAAAGCAUCUAAGAAGAAAAACAGCACAAUCCAUGUUUGACGAACAAAAGAUUUAUAAGAUCAUCAGCCUUGAUAACUUACGUCGACCUUCCCUCUCAUCUCAUCUCACCUCACCUCACCCUCGGGUUUCGACAUUGAUGUCUUCUUCACCAUGUUGAUAUAACACCAACUGAUGCAUCUGUUAUUUGUUUUUUUUUUGUGUUGUUUUAAAAGAUAUACUUUGUGUGUUUGUAAAUUGUAUUUUGUGAGGAAUGUAAAAUUUGUUAUAUUGUGUUUCUGUAUGAAUUCGAAGUUGUAAUUGGCCUAUUCUGCAUUGAAGAUGUUUUAUUCUA